AUAGAAGCUCAAACGUCAGUUACUGCGCAGGAAGGAAGCCACUGAGUGUCUCGCUCUGUCCCCGCCCCCAGGUGAAGUCCCAGCUGGAGGACAAGGCAAACAAGAAGUACCCCCUGUUCAAGGCUGUGGAGUUCAAGAGCCAGGUGGUCGCGGGGACCAACUACUUCAUCAAGGUUCAAGUUGAUAAUGACGACUUUGUACACCUUCGAGUGUUUAAAAGUCUACCGCAUGAAAACAAACCCUUGACCUUGCAUGACUAUCAGGCCGACAAGACCAAGAAUGACGCGCUGACGUAUUUCUAGUUCCUGAUUUUGAGCCCAGCCCAUCGUCCCCGUGGUUCUCUAUCCGCUGUACUCACAUCUGGGACCAUACACGAACGUCAUCGUUACGCUGUGCCACUUGGAGUACAGGGGACGUCACGCACUUGCCUUGUGUCUCUGUUCCUGGCUUUUGUGGUGUGGAUUUUCCUCCCAAUCAAUGGUUUAACUAAAUUGCUUUUAAAGAGGGCUUAUAGUAUCUCUAAAUACAUAUAUUUUUAGGUCUUUGCAAAUUUC